AUGUCACCAGAAGUAAAGGCACUGCCCGAUCUGCAACCAGCAGCGCAGUGGCAACAGAUGCAACUCCCGGUCACUAGACUUCCAGCGCCGCCGACAGAUUGCGCCCAUGGCCAGACUACUGAUCGUAGUGUGAAACGAUUGGGAAUCGGUCGGUUAAACUACCUGCGCAAUGAACGUGGUACGGAUUCCCUGAUCCAGAAUUACACUCGCGCGAUCAUGGCUGUGACUGGUCAGAAUCACAUUGCCUUUUGGAUAACUGCAGACGACGAAGGAUCGACUGCCAAACGUGGUGUAGUCGUAGCAAAAUGUGCAACAGACGAUACCAUGCCAGAGUGGGAAGCGUUCGAAGCCACCUUGGAGGAUUGUACUGAGAGAUCAGAGAAAGUGGAGUUUGGGCUCUGGCUCAUGCGUGCGGGAGAAAUCGACAUUGAUCUGGAGAGCUCUGUCCGAUUAGAGUUAUAUGUCAAUCUUGAAUCGUCGUGCGCCGAGUUCAAGUAUCAAGCAGAUCUGAAGUGCGAAACAGAUAUAUCUAGCAUUGGUCGGCAGAUGAAGGUAUACUUAGAACGUGUUGAAGGAGAAGAGGACAGCACACAAUUCUGGACCAAGGAACUACAAGACUUCGUCACCAUCCCAGAAAGGCAAUUUCCAACUCUCUCUUGCGAACGCGUGACAGUCACAUCAACGACUCUUCCCAUUCUGUCGCGAAGUCUUGCCAUGGGGACAACUUGGGAAGAGCUCCAGUCUCUAGCACAACGGCUCCAGCUGCAGUCACUGGCUUCAGUGGUUCGUGCAGCGUUUGCAUAUAUCCUCGCCGAAUACCUCGACUUGAUACGCCAAAUUGAUAAUUCUAUCGCGAGGAUAACGAGAGUGCAAAAUGUGUCGCCAGAUCGCCUUCUGGAAAUUCUUAAUUGCCCUUCAUCGCAGGUCCCGUACAAUGCCUUCUUUACGUACCAUCAGGAGGUGGGAUCCAAUGAGAGCGAAAAGGCUGAGGAAGAUGGCGCAAGAUCAGAAUCUUCGAUGAUCUCUAUUGGGUUGAGCUUCGGACAUUCAAAGCAAGGAAUACCGUCUUGCACUCUUUCCACUAGACAGGACUUGAUGGAUGCAUCUCACCUGGAACUGGUAUUGCGCCAUAUAGACGCCUUGGUGACGGCGAUACUUGCUCGGCCCACUGAAUCACUUCAGGACCUCACUCAGGCAUUUCCAGAAGACCUUCUUUCCUCACACUCACCAUUGAUAAGUGAGGAGCUGCGACAGGCCCCUCACCUAUCCCCUUCUCAUUGGGUCGACCACUGGGCGGCGUCGAAUCCCAGCUGGGUUGCCUUGGAAGUCAUAGAAGCAAUCAGCGACGAUGAUGUACUAUCCAAGAAAUGGACGUACUGCGAGCUUUCUGAGACAUCUGAUCGGCUCUGCACAUGGCUCGCCCACCAAGGCUGGUGUAAUCGGGUCAUCGCGGUUUGUCUAGGCCGCUCAUUCAUAGCGUACGCACUGGUACUUGCCAUCUGGAAAAGUGGUAAUUGCUACGUUCCCAUCGCGGAAGAUCUUCCUGAGGCCCGCCAGAUGUUUUUGUUGAGCGACAGUGGUGCUACUGCCUUAUUUACCGAAAAGGAUACUGCGACCAGUCUCAUACCUCCAGACAACUGCAGGGUGAUCGAUAUCAACGAUCACCAAUUCCUUGAAGAGCUGGACAACGCUGAAGAAUUAACAAUCGUCACUGCAAAACCAACUGAUAACUGCUAUCUUCUCUACACCUCUGGAUCUACUGGGAUGCCUAAAGGAGUCCUCGUCAGCCGGGGAAAUCUAUCCGCCUUUACUGAAGCCCAGUCGGAGUAUAUCUGCCGCGAUGUGCCGGACACGCUGGAAUUGAAGGGCAAGGGCAGCUAUCUCGCCCACGCUAGUCGAGCCUUUGAUGUGCACAUCUGCGAGAUGGUACUAGGCUGGCGCCAUGGGCUUCGCCUGGUCACCGCGCCACGAACCAUGAUUCUGGAUAAUCUACUGCAGGUUCUCAGACGAUUUAGGAUAACCCAUGCCGGGUUCGUGCCCUCCCUCCUCGAACACACAGGGGUGAGCGCCGAGCAGUUACCUGAUCUGCGAUAUCUGGGAGUUGGAGGGGAGAAGAUCUCGGAAACGAUCAUUGAACGGUUCGUCGGCAAACCAUGUAUUGCGCUGGUAAACGCAUACGGCCCUACUGAAGUCACAAUCGGGAUGUCUAGCCACACGGUCACAGCAACAUCUACAGUGCGCAAUAUUGGGACCGCCGUGGGCAACAUCACGAUUCACGUUUUUGAGCUGGAAACAACAAAGUAUGUCAAGAGAGGUCAGGCAGGAGAACUCUGCGUGACAGGGGACUUAGUCGCGAAUGGUUACCACUGCAGGCCCGAUGCGCAAGGCUUUACAGAUUAUCGCGGGCAACGAAUGUAUCGUACUGGGGAUAUAGUACGUUUGAUGGCGAAUAACUGUAUUGAGUACCUGGGCCGACGAGAUAGUCAAGCAAAAGUCCGUGGCCAACGUCUGGAGCUUGAGGAGGUAUCCAUCGCCAUCCGUCGAUGUGCGGAUCGCGCAGUAAAUGUUACUUCGAUGGUGACGCCUUCCCCGAUCACAAAACGUCCUCAGUUGGUGGCCUUCAUAAGCCCUUCGAGUGACCGACCGGACGAUCUGAAAACGCAGCCAGCGUUUUUAAAGGCUGAAUACCAAGCCUGGGUACCGGGACUUCUAGAGCGUUGCCGUGAAGAACUGCCAGUCUAUAUGGUUCCCAGUGUUUUGCUUCCCGUCAGCUUCAUACCCAUCCAGAUCUCAGGUAAAGCUGACAAUCGCCGUCUGGUGGCCCUGUAUGAAAAAAUCCCGGCAUCCGACCUCCACCUACAAACGCGAAUAUCCGCGGCCAGGGAGCCCGAGCCAGGCUUACAUGCUGGUUCUGCGUCAUUGACGACAGAUGAAGAGAAGAUUCGUGGCAUCCUUUGCUCGGUAGUAUCAGUAGACCGCAGCACGGUGACGAAGACAACCAGUAUUUUUCAAUUAGGGAUUGAUAGCCUCAGUUCUCUCAGUGUGGCUGCUAAGAUGCGAGAGGCGGGCUACCAGUGCGCAGCGGCGGAUAUCCUUGGUAACCCUACGCUGGGACAGCUAGCAUCUUUGCCACUUUCUCGUGCAGGCGGCGACAUGCAGUCUAGCAAGUAUUUGUCGACGGGCCAGCUAGCUGAAGUUUCGCGGCGCUUGGAGUACCUUGAUCAAUCCUUCCGAAAAUUGCAAAAGAACAUUCCAAACUCAUCUAUUGCUGUCGUCCGGCCGUGUUUGCCCCUUCAGGCGAGCCUUGUGUCCAGCUCCAUGGGUAGUCUAAGCGCUCUGUAUGUCAGUCAUAUCAUGUGUCGAAUAGGCCCCGACAUUGUGCUACGGGACUUGAGGUUAGCGUUUCAAGAUCUGAUACAUGAGAACGAAAUAUUGCGCACAUGCUUUCAUGUCAUGGACGACAAGGUCAUCCAAGUGGUCCUGAAGCCUCGGGCGGCAAAGAUAUCUUGGGAACAGGUUGCUGUUGCGGACGAAGAAGCGGCCCAAGUCUAUUUCAGUAAUCGGCAAACCGAAGUCGCAACGAAGAUCAUUCGCAAUAUCGAGAGUGAAGUCCCACUCCAUAUUGUAGCUGCUUCGUCAAGCAACAAUUCCGUUCCGGGGUGGUUGAUGCUGUCCAUUCACCAUUCCAUAUUCGACGGUGCCAGUAUGGACGUCUUGCUUGACCGGUUAUACCAUCAUUACACUGGGAAGACAGCCUUGCACACUAGAGACCUCACCCCUCUUUAUAGGCAUUUCGUCACAGCCCCCGAAGAAGCAGCCGAACGAUUCUGGUCUAGCUAUCUCACAGGCGCUCUUCCUACUAUUGUGAAGACCGACAGUCCCUCUGAUACCUCUUACGAUAUAAUUACAGAAGUAUUAGCUUUCAAGCUGUCCAUGAUCUCUAAAGUUGCUUCCGAAAUAUCCACUACCACCGCAAUUAUCUUGGAGACUAUCUGGGGAAUCUCAUUGGCAAGGUACUUGGUUGAGACGGAUGUGAUAUUUGGCCGGAUCAUGAACGGCCGAAGCAUACCGGUCGAGUCAGUCGAAGAGAUGCUGAUUCCCCUUGUAACAACUGUUCCCAGUCGACUUCGGCUUCCUUCUGGAUUGUCAAGCAUAGUUGACCUGAUCAAGGCUCAUACUCAGGCUAGCCUCGCAUCGCUACCUUAUCAGCAUACGUCACUCCGCGACAUUCAGCGGUACGCGCAAGCCCCUGGCCCAUUGUUCAACUCUAUGUUCUCAUAUAUAGCAACUGCCCCAACAUCACCCGCAAAUGCGAUGCUGGUGGAAAUGGAUAGCGUCAUGCCGGCGGACUACCCCCUUGCAUUAGAAAUCAAAGCGGAAUCGGAGCCAGACACGGUGACUUUGCGGUUAAGAGUCACCCGUGGCUCUUGUCUCACAGACAGCGGUCGAGGGCUGAUCGACGUCAUGUGCAUCAUUCUCCAAGAGUUGGUCUCAAACGGGGAUUUUAUGAUUGAAAGUGAAGGAAGAUCCCAGCCACAGGAGCGAGACGAGCCAAAAUGGGAUGAAACCCGCUGGACUGAAUUGGAAACAAAAAUGCGCGAAGUCGUGUCUGAGAUUACCGGGCUUCCUGAAUCCCAGAUUUCAAAGAAUAUUUCUUUCUUUGCAUUGGGAGUUGACUCAGUUAUUACUAUCCGUAUGGCUCGUCGCUUACAAGAACAAGGCCUCAAAGCGUCUUCUAGUGAUAUACUACGGUAUCCCUCGAUUGGUGCUCUUCAUAAUUAUCUGCAAAAGUGCAACGCUGCGCCAUCCAUCUCACCAAUGAAGGAGAACACUUCGGACCCCAGUAUAAGCAUUGACUUGUUCCAUGAAGACGACUCGAUUGUCGAAACAUACCGCUGUACACCUUUGCAGACCGCAAUGAUUGGCCAAUGUCUGAGCUCUGAGGGCAAGGGAUAUGUUCACCAUCAUGCAGUCAUCUUAGACGACUCAGUCGAUCUUGAACAGUUGGCUAGUGCGUGGCAAGAGGUUGUUGGACUAGCAGAUAUUCUCCGAACGACAUUCCACAGGGAGAAAGCGAGUCAUGAUUUCCAGGCUGCGGUCCAUCAACACUCUCUUGUACAAUGGUUGCAUCAACCUGCCGUCGAAUCACUGUCUGGAGCGAUUGAACAAAUAUCCCAGCGUGUAGCAUACCCCGACAUCAAAAGCUUUGAGAGGCCGCCGUGGCUUGUCACAAUCCUGACUGGGAUCUCCCAACGGCUGAUGGUUGUGACUAUGCAUCACUGCCUCUACGAUGGUUUUUCUUUGCCACUGCUUUUUGAGUGUGUAGAUAAUGCGUAUAGAGGUCUGUCAACCCACGUUGGGUCAUUUGCCUCUGCAGCACGCAAGAUCACAAGUACUGAGGAGUCGUCCGUGAAAUUCUGGGCUGAAACUGUCAAAGGCUAUCGGUAUUGUAAAGUGCCAUUCUCACCAACUGUUGCAAUAGAACCCUGUGUCCAAUUGGCUGAGGCUACUGUGCAGACUCCUGUCACUACUUUGCAGCAUCAAUGCCGCUGUCUUGAAGUUACGUUGCAGACAGUUGCUCUACUCGCUUUUGGUCGGUCCUUGGCGACACUAUUGGGCCAGCGGGAUGUGAUAUUCGGUCAUGUAGUUUCUGGACGAGGGCUAAAUAUCGAUACUGCAGCACCGAUAAUUGGUCCACUUUUCAACACAGUACCGUUUCGCCUGGUACUUGAUCCAAUUCUUCAGAGUACCCGUUCAGUCUUGCGUCACAUCCAACGCUUUUCUGCCGACGCCCAGAGUCAUCAACAUGCACCACUAAGUGUAGUCCAGAAGGACUGGCGUCUGGAUAACCACAGUGAGGCUUCCUCGCUGUUUGAGACUCUCUUUACUUUCAAUAAAUCAGGCAACCAAGACCCUACGUCUCUUUUUCAGCCGUACCUUUCUCAUCGUGCACCAGACACUCCUCAUUAUAGAUUAAAUGUGGAAUUUGAGCAGAGGUCGGACUUUCUUGUGGUACGUGCAUCGUCCCGUGAUCUCCUAUCAAAUGGCGGCGAUCUGGAUGCCUGGAUACAGACCUUAGCUCUUGGUUUGGAGAAUAUCAUUUCCCAUCCGGAUGCCCCCGUGCUGAGCUUUCCGUCUGAGCUCAAGGCUCUCCCUCUGGCUACUAGUUCUAUCCAGGAUGUAGGAAAGCAGCCUACAGAUAUUCGAUGUCUGGAGAACCAUGCUAGAAUCAUCAAAGCAAUCAUCGCAACGGUUACCAAAACACCGAUUGAUCAGCUCCACGAGGGCAGCAGCAUUUUUGCGCUCGGCGUGGACUCUAUCUUAGCAAUAGAUAUCAGUGCUAAGAGCCGAGAGGCUGGACUGAAACUCUCAGUCAGUGACAUCCUUCAGGGAAGAACGAUCCAGGGAAUUGCGACGAUUGCCGCCAACAAGAUAAAAACACCCUCUGUCCUGCCGGAGACUAUCACUGAUGGCAGCAGAUCUGCUAUCAGUACAGAUGCAAAACAACAAGCAUUAACUGCCUUGGCUUUAAAGGAAGAUGAUGUCGAGGUCAUCUUGCCCUGUCUCAGUGGUCAGAUAUUCUAUAUAUCUUCUUGGCUCGGUAGCGGUCGACGACUGUGGGAAUUCACCUUUGCAUUUACCAGCCGCGUCCGACUGGACCCGGAGAAGUUAGACCAUGCCUGGCUACUGCUUCAACACCGACAUAGCAUUCUUCGAACAUCAUUUGCCGCCAUUUCCGCGGUAGAGAUAGUGCAGGUGGUAUGCAAGCCAGCCAAAGUAAAUAGAGGUCUUCGCGUGGAGAGUCAGCCAUCUAUGGGAAAUCUUCAAUCGGAAAUCCAAGGCCUCGCUCGCAAUAUUACGUGCAGUCCGUCUGAUCUCUUCACGCCUCCGGUUCGCCUAUGCCUGGUACAGCACAAAGACUCGGACGUCUUCUACUCACACUACAUCACGCAUUCGGGUUCUAAACUUGCCGAUGCGUACUGGAAGCCGGCAAUCGAGACUGGCCAGCGUACAGUGUUGGGAAAAAACACACCCAGCGCCGGGAAUCCCUCACAAAUCGUUUCAUCUCAGCUCAUUUACCCUCAAGAUCUUAAGAUUGUGGAAGAUUGGUGCCACCAGAUUGGAGUUUCCGUGCCCUGUCUUAUCUUACUAGCCGUGGGUCGUAGCUUGGCACGCAUCGCAGAUGUGACUCAUCCUACUUUUGGUCUCUUUCAAUCCGGGCGUUCAAGUGAAUAUCCGGACAUACACCGCAUAGCAGGUCCGACUGUGAAUAUGCUACCGUUUGUGGUCCCAGAUGCCCUUACCCACCCUAUGCUCGGGGCCCUCAAGGCUAUACAGCAUGAUCUAGGUCAACGUGCUAUCCAUGACCAGACCAAUCUCCGACAGCUCCGCCAGAGAAUGAAGGAACUUGGCAACGACCCAGAAUUCAAUGUCCUUCUCAAUAUAGUCCUCAGUAAAUCCACGGACAAUUCAACCCGAGAUUCGACUGAUCCUCUGUUGACCCCGUCACCCAUUGGUUUCGAGAAUUACUUAAUUGCUGAACGCCCGCUGGCUGGUGCAACGUCUGUUGACAAGUUCCGGUAUAAUUGGCUCCCUUGUGAGAAAAAUAUAUACUUGGAGGUCAACUACAACGAAACCGGUGGUGAGCUGCAUUGGAAGGUUGACUACGAAGUAAACUCAAUGACGACACUUGAGGCACAGACGCUUUUGGAGAAUAUUGGACAGGAGGUGAAUUUCAUUCUGGGAGACUCGUGA